AGCUCAACCCCACUAUUCAACCUCACGCUUCCACCCAGCCUACCACCUCUUCCACCUCCACCACCGCCGCCCCAUCUCCCUUCAGCUGCAAAAUAGCCUUUUCGAGCUGAUCCCCGCCGCCUUUGAAUCUCGCACUCGUCAUCGCUGCACCUGCCACCCUCGCUACCAUGGCUACCUCGACGCGCCAGCCCUUUGCCGAGCUCGGCUCCACCCGGAUCCAGGGCCUCCAGAGCGCGAAGAACAGACAGAAUGCUCUCGCAAGUUUGGCCUCGACACAGAGCUUGAAGCCCUCGGCCGGUCCUUCAACGGGUAAGCGCCAGCGCGCGCCCGAGAUCUUCGAGGAUGCCGAUUCCGAGAACGUGGACCCUUUCAUCACCAGCAGCCCGUCCAAGAAGUCCAAGACGACCACCGCUGCCACGGACGCGAGCUACGUCAAGCCCGCCAGCUUCUCCCUCUUCACCUCGCCUGCCAGGACGAGUUCAAGCCUCAACGCCACGCCUUCGGUCCCAUCUGUCCGCAAAGCCCAUGCAUCGCCCAGCACCACCAGGUCCACUCCCAUCACCAACAGCCGCGGAUCGCCAAAGAACAAGCGUCUCCAUGCCAUCUCCAAGCGCCGCGCGUCCACGUCGCCCUUCCGACGCGUCGACCCCCCUUCUUUUGGCAUGAGCAGCCCCAGCCUGCCCUUUUCCAUUGAUGCAGCACUGAGCGGCUCCAUCUCCACCUACACUCCCAAGGCACCCACUGUAGCAGCAACCCCCGCCUCAGCACCCGUCCAGAAAGCCAGCGCCCUCGACGAAUCCAUGCCCAAGGGUUGGUUCUUUGAGAUUCACGAGGACACGCCCGAGCAAGAAGCCGCCAACCUUAUGGAGCACUCGACCUUGGUCCUCGACAUCUCAUCCGACGACGACGCCGAGACCAAGACACGCAACGAGGACCGUGGCAAGGAAAACAUCCCCCCUCCCGACUUCCGCGCCUCGCAGCCCCGCCAGACAGCCAUUUCGGUCGACGACGACGGCUACGAGACGGAGAUUCUCGCCGACGAGCCCAUCAAGCGCCGUGCUGUGCGCAAGUUUGUGCAAGACGCCAUGGACGAAGACCGCAAGCCCCUGGGCGAUCUUGCACCGUGUGAUUUCUACGCCGAGGGCUGCGAUGCCACGUCGUACGUCACUGUCGAUGCAGGCAUUGAGAAGCCGUCGCGCCUGUCCAAGGAGUGCAGCUUGAGCUCUGACCUGAUAGAAGAGAAGGAGGAAAAAGUAGAGGCCAAGCCCGUUGCCGAGAAGAAGGAGAAGAGGCAAAGGGCUGCUGAUAAGACGUUGGCUGCGUCAAAGACACCACAAAAACAGUGUGUUGCCGCAGCGUCAUAAAGUCUGAUUGUUUUUUUUUCUUUCUUCUUAUACCUUUUUCUUUCCAUCUUUCUUUUUUGGAGCCACAUUUUCUCAUCACGGCUUCUAUUUUUGGCCAUUUAGGAUACCUCACCCGGCGUUUUUUUUGGUUUAUUGCUGUCUUUUCUUGUUGUUGUCUGGGUCAAGGGCCUCUGUCGCAUUGAUUGAUGUGUGCAUGAUUUACGGAUGGGGCGUUUGUUGUUGUUGUUGUUGUUGCGGCGGCGUUGGAAAUCAAUGAUACCUUUUUUUGGUCUGUCCCCGGUUUUGCAGUUGGAGAACAAAAAAGAGAGAGAGACACACACACAGAUAGUAAUGCAAGCGAGC